AUGGAAAAUUUUGGAAAGAAGGUGUUGCUCACCUCCAAUGGCGACGAUGUUCUGAACAUUUCUCACCAUCUAGCAAAACGUGGUUGCAGGUUGGUUCUGAUGGGAAACGAGUACAGUCUCAGGAGUGCUGCCGAGAAGACAAUGGGCUCUUUGAACGGUGUCGUUGGGAUCGAAUUUGUUAAUUUGGAUGCGGAGGAGGAGAGAGAGGCGGUUUUCGAUGAAGCCGUGAACAAGGCCUGCAAAUUUCUGGGAAACUUGGAUGCUUUUGUCCAUUGUUAUGCUUAUGAAGGAAAGAUGCAGGACCCUUUGCAGUUGGCCGAAGAUGAGUUCAGAAAGAUAGUCAAAAUAAAUUUCAUGGCUGCAUGGUAUUUAUUAAAGGCUGUAGACAGAAGAAUGCGAGAUCACAAAUCAGGAGGAUCCGCUGUAUUUUUGACCUCAAUAAUUGGUGCCAAGAGAGGCUUAUAUCCAGGAUCUGCUGCAUAUGGUUCAUGUUUGGCAGGGUUGCAGCAAUUAGUUAGGACAUCAGCAAUGGAGAUUGGGAAAUACCAAAUAAGGGUGAAUGGGAUAGCUCGUGGGUUACACCUAGAUGAUGAGUUUCCGUUAUCAGUGGGGAAGGAGAGGGCGGAGAAGUUGGUGAAGGAAGUAGCCCCACUGGGCAGAUGGCUUGACGUUAAGAAUGACCUGGCUUCUACUGUCAUCUACUUGAUAAGCGAUGGGUCUCGCUACAUGACUGGAUCCACCAUAUUUGUUGAUGGGGCCCAGUCAAUAGUAAGGCCUCGGAUGCGAUCUUUUAUGUAAGAGAAGUAAUUCUAUGCCCAAGUGUACGGCCAGAUGUUACGAUUUCGUGAUUAAUAAAUGAGGUGGGGUUUAUAAUUUUGUAUUGGGUGA